GUUGCUUCCAGAGGUGCUCACCCCAUUGGUGAACGAGAUCAUGGAAGGUGCAAGUGCUGACAGAAAGGAUGUCAGGUCGCAAAGGGUGAAGGCCAUCUUGGAGAGCAACUGCGGCAAAGAGCCGCUGGAGAUUGCAAACAUCCUGACACGGAAGUACCAUGAGCUUUACAGUGAGAGUGCCCCUGAUGAGAUGGUUUGUGCCCCCGAAGGCUGUAGGAGUGAUCACCAUGUAGAGGGGCCGGAGGCCGGCCGUCAUCACGGGGUGAUCAUUCGUUGGGUGUCGGGGGAGUGGCUGCAAUGGCGCAGUGAUGGAGGCAUCUAUGUGGGCGAUGGAUCCAAAAGGUUGACCGCAAGCCCGUUGGGGCAGGCAAAUCGUGACCGACUGGACACCAGAGUGGCACGACGACUCUUAGAAGGUCGGCCACUCUACAUUGAUGAGGGUGACAGCUUGGAGAUGGCUCAGAGCACGGUGGACUAUUUCGGUCUGAGAGGCGGAACAGGGCAAGGACCACGGCAUGGAGGGAGAGAAUAUUAUCAGCAGGUUGAGGCGUUCCUGGAGGGAGCUAUGACUACUCUUCAACUGGGGAUCGUGCUCAAGGAGAUGGUGAGAGUGCGACCCUCACUCCUUGGGACAGCAGUGAUCCUGAUGGAGCUGUGCGCAGUGGGGCCCUUGGGUAGUUCACAGCCCUUCCAGGAAGUGCUGCCAUUGCCUUUGCCUGAUGACACGGAGGCCGAGAUUGAAGUUCGCCGGGUGCUUGAGAAGGUCAGAUUGAGACAGCCGGAGGCUGGGAGCAAGGAAUCCUUGGACAACUGGGUCCCAGUCGCGGGUGUGGAUGCAUGGGUUUGGCUCCAAGUAGUGCUGCUCAACUACAUGUACAUCGGGAAGGACAGGCUGCUGACGCAGACUUUGUUCCACUCCAAAACAUUGCUUGAGUGCCAAGUUCCCGUGAUGGAGAAGUUGAAGUGGAAUGCGAGAACCUUUGGUGCAGACAGCGAAAUGGGGAGGCUGCUUGAUGACAUGCUGCAGAUUGCGGGAUGGCUGAAAGAAGCAGGUGAGCUCCCAAAUGAACGGCCAUGGAGUGUGAUUGAACUAUACGAGAACGUUUUCUUUGAUGCCGCUGACGCGCGGAUUGUCGGAGCGAAGAUGCAAAUGAGGCCUUUGAAGACGUGGGCGCAUGAAGUUGGGUGGACGCGUCGUCCGAGGCAAUUCUGGCUAAGAGGCUUGGCACUGAUAUCAGGGAAAGACCUCACCAUAGAAGAAAAGAGCGUUGGUGAGGAGGAUGCCCAUGCAGAAGUGCACUUUGAAGCAUGUUGGCCUGCCCUUUGGAAAUUCGUGGAGCCUGCCACCGCACGGCUUUGCGACACCGAUGACCCCUUCCCAUGUUUCACUCGGCCGAUCAAACGGGAGCAGCCUCCACCGUCGCCUGCAGGCCUUGAACAGGCUUCUGAAAAAGCCCUUCGUCGGUGGAAAGGCGAUGCGUACCGACUUCCUCCCUAUGCGUAUGAAGAUGCAUGCCUUGUAAAGGACAAAGGUGGUCCUCGUCGGCUAAAGGCCAUGGAGCAGGAGGUGGCACUGCAAAGCCAGAAAGCCACUGGGUGGACCGAACGCUUUGGAGCAACUGCUGGGACCUGGGAAGGGGCCAAAACCGUGCGAGAUCUAAUUGGGCAAAAGCAGUCGAACUUCGAGUGCUCGAAUGCAGGGACCUUUGACGCGACUCGCCGCCGUGCUGCUUGCCACUGGAAUGACCUUGGUGUUGGGCUGGGUCCAAUCCGCGCUGAAUCCAGCGGAUGGCCCAAGCCGGUGGCGCGGCAGAGCUUAGAGACCAAUGCCGGACUUGCGACAAAAGGCGUCGCAGGCAGCAAGAAAGGCGAGGAGAGCCAGAUUGGGAAAUCCGGCGACCCCAAAGGAUGGGCCUCAGAUUGCCUGUCAGGACUUGGACAUUUCAUCCCACCUUGUAAACCAUGGCUGGUGGGUGCAUGGCGUUUGCACGCCGCGUGGGGCCGAGCGGAGCUGCCGUUACGUGCGGCUCCAUUCACACCCCUGCUGGUGUACUCCUUGGCUGAACUGGCGCAUCGGCGUCAUUGGAAUGACACUGCUGUGUUGUUGAUUGUCGGUUUUUGCAUGUUCCCACGGUCUGCUGAGCUCUUCUCCGCUUUGAAAGGUGACUUUGUGUUUGACCAUAAAAGAUCUGCAGUGUGGAGCCUGCCUUUAACUAAGUCAGGCCAGCGCACGGGCGCGAAAGAGUCCUUGGUCGUUCGUGACCGCUGGGUUGUCUCCCUUUUGCGAUCAUACCUUGAGCAUUUGUCGCCUGGAGAUAAGCUCACUAGAGUGUCUGGCCAGACUCAACGGAACCGUUUGAAAGUCCUCACAGAGGAUGCCAAUCUGGCUGGGAAUUUUCAGUGGUACUCUUGCCGAAGGGGCGGGGCCACGCACAUGUUUCGGAUGACCGGCAACCUGUCGCAAGUGUGCCAUGUUGGUCGCUGGAAUAGCCCUAAGACGGCCCGCAUAUACAUCUCAGACGCUGUCGCAGCAUUGGCUGAGAUAGACCUUGAGACCUCGCAUAGGCGUAGGCUCACAUUGUUGGCGGCUCAUGCACGUCCAGACUGGGACACAAUCUAA